GGCGCACGGGCUCCGCUCCCGCUCCGGCUGCGGGCGCCUGCAGCGUGGGCUUCCGCCAAUCCCGGGGCGAGGGGCGCGCAGAUCCCAAGAGGGGCCUGCACCCGCGUCGGGGCCACGCAGCCACCUGUGCGCCUCCUGCCACUGCGGGCGGCGGCGGCGCGCGGGGCCGAGACGCGAAGAGACGCCGGUGGACCCGCCCGCGGCCCGCCGGGCGCACACACAGGCGCACACCCGGGCGCACCCGCGCGCACCCGCACAGCCAGCCGGCGGCCGCCACCGCCGCGAUGCUCUCCGGCGGGUCUGUGAAGUUUCCCGCCGGCCUCGGCCGCGGGCGCCGCUGCUCCCAGGUGUAGCGCCCCCGCGCGGCGCGGGCGGCCGGGCUGCUCCAGCAUGACCGGCCAGAGCCUGUGGGACGUGUCAGAGGCCAACGUCGUCGAGGACGGCGAAAUCCGCAUCAACGUGGGUGGCUUCAAGAGGAGGCUGCGCUCGCACACGCUGCUGCGCUUCCCCGAGACGCGCCUGGGCCGCCUGCUGCUGUGCCACUCGCGCGAGGCCAUGCUGGAGCUCUGCGACGACUACGACGACGCCCAGCGGGAGUUCUACUUCGACCGCAACCCCGAGCUCUUCCCCUACGUGCUGCACUUCUACCACACCGGCAAGCUGCACGUCAUGGCCGAGCUGUGCGUCUUCUCCUUCAGCCAGGAGAUCGAGUACUGGGGCAUCAACGAGUUCUUCAUCGACUCCUGCUGCAGCUACAGCUACCACGGCCGCAAAGUGGAGCCGGAGCAGGAGAAAUGGGACGAGCAGAGUGACCAGGAGAGCACCACAUCCUCCUUCGACGAGAUCCUGGCCUUCUACAACGAUGCCUCCAAGUUUGACGGGCAGCCUCUGGGCAACUUCCGCAGGCAGCUGUGGUUGGCACUGGACAACCCGGGCUACUCGGUUCUGAGCAGGGUCUUCAGCGUCCUGUCCAUCCUCGUGGUGUUGGGGUCCAUCAUCACCAUGUGCCUCAAUAGCCUGCCGGACUUCCAAAUCCCUGACAGCCAGGGCAACCCCGGUGAGGACCCCCGGUUCGAAAUCGUGGAGCACUUUGGCAUUGCCUGGUUUACAUUCGAGCUGGUGGCCAGGUUUGCUGUGGCUCCUGAUUUCUUCAAGUUCUUCAAGAAUGCUCUAAACCUUAUUGACCUCAUGUCCAUUGUCCCCUUUUACAUCACUCUAGUGGUGAACCUGGUGGUGGAGAGUACUCCUACCUUGGCCAACUUGGGCAGGGUAGCCCAGGUCCUGAGGCUGAUGCGGAUCUUCCGCAUCUUGAAGCUGGCCAGACACUCCACCGGCCUCCGCUCCUUGGGGGCCACCUUGAAGUACAGCUACAAAGAAGUAGGGCUGCUCCUGCUCUACCUCUCCGUGGGGAUUUCCAUCUUCUCUGUGGUGGCCUACACCAUUGAAAAGGAGGAGAAUGAGGGCCUGGCCACCAUCCCUGCCUGCUGGUGGUGGGCCACCGUCAGUAUGACCACUGUGGGCUACGGGGAUGUGGUUCCGGAGACUACGGCAGGGAAGCUGACCGCCUCCGCUUGCAUCUUGGCAGGCAUCCUCGUGGUGGUACUGCCCAUCACCUUGAUCUUUAACAAGUUCUCCCACUUCUAUCGGCGCCAAAAGCAACUUGAGAGUGCCAUGCGAAGUUGUGACUUUGGAGAUGGAAUGAAGGAGGUUCCUUCGGUCAAUUUAAGGGACUACUAUGCCCAUAAAGUUAAAUCCCUCAUGGCGAGCCUGACGAACAUGAGCAGGAGCUCACCAAGUGAACUAAGUUUAAAUGAUUCCCUGCAUUAGCCAGGUUACGUUGUUACCCUGAAAUCCACCUUGCUGAGCUGCCUCUGGUGCCUCCUGGCAGCUUUGGGUUAUGGUGUAAGAAGUCUUCCCAAGUUCUGAGGGGAGAUGCAUGGCAUAGCACCCCAGGUCGCUGUGAUGGUAUUUAGAGUCACUUUUAGAGGGUGGUGUGUCUGACACCAUGCCUUUGCACCUUUCCACAAAAUGACACUCACUGGCCUUUGCAUCAUGGGCAUAAAAUGUUCCUCUUUCUGCCAGCUGAGUACCCAGAAUGCCAAUUUCUCUGUCCACUGUGUACACUAUUCCAGUGCUUGUACCCUGGUCCUAUCUGUGAGUUGUUUGUGCUCCUGUUUCUAAGGUUGUUAUGUGAGUUCUGUACAAAAAAGAAGCCCCCAUAAGUCUGUCCAGUAGCAAUGCGUCAGUCUAUGAAGUCAGCAAGGAUAGCAUGAGAUUUUGCUCACUGUCAUGUAAAAACAAAAUCUCAAUUAUUUAUCCAUUGCUUUCCCUUAGUUUUAAUACCAAAACAAAAAGAAUGCCAAGUUAAGCACACAUGACCAGUGCAAGUCUGUGUGUUGUUUUUCUAGGUGAUCUGUAGCUGUGUGGCUUGCAUGGGUACAGCAGUCGUUUUUAGAAAGAUGUUCGUCUUGUAGAUGUCACUCUCUAGGGAAUGUUACUCAGUUAAACAUGUAGUUAAGAUUGAAGCUUUUUUCUUUCCAAAAAUAGAUAUACUAGAGACUGGGGCUUCAGCUAAACACUGACCCAGUCCUGGGCUGCUUAAUGCUGAGUCCGUGCAGGCUGGGCCUUUCACCUAUGAACAGACCAACAUAGGUUCCUGGUCUAGGCCCCUUGACCAAAGUUGCGUCAAAGCUGUCUUCUCUAUUAGCAUGUUUUUUGAAAUAUUUAUUUUUUAAGAUGUUUAGGAAUCAGGUCAUGCUGUCUUCCUUAACGUAGAAGAGGUUUACUGUUGUACUGUCUUGUUGAUAUGAACAUUGUUAGGUUGCUAGCGAGUGCAGUAGCCUAAAUACUUUUGUUGCCUGCUCUGAAAGCUCAUAAAAUGAGAGCCCUUUUUAUAUCCAAGCAGAAUUUGCUCAGAUAACUUUGCUUCUAGGAUACAGCAUGUCGUGUGUGAUGGUCAGAUUGCCUCAGAGUUCCUGUCGUGACAUGGAAACCAGGUGAUGAAGAAGAACAGUAUAGAUGUCCAGGAGGCAGCGUGGCUUCCCCACGGUGGAGACAGUAUGCUUUUUACUCCUGUUCAAUUGUCAUUUGUAGAGAAGGGUUGGGUAGAGACGAGGAAAAAGAAAAAGAGUUAUAAAACAAACAACUGCCUUUCCGUAAAUGUCAUGAGUAAUUAUAAACUUGGAGAAAAGGCUUCAGGCUACUUCAAAGGCCUUUAAACUUCUAAGCUGGUGUUGAUGGGAAGUCCCUGUUCCCUUCUCCCCAUGCCCCAGCUCCUCCUCUUCAGUUCCCCAGCACAGUACACUGUGAACAGAGCCCGGGCCCCUUCAUAAAAUAAUUUUUUCCAUUGUCUCCUCAGUAAUCUGGUGGUUUUCCAGGUGGUUUUCAUUAUGACACAGUCUUUGCCAGGGUUGCAGAAUCCACAUCUAAGCAUGGAGUUAGGGGGGCUUUGUGCCCAAAGCUUGGGCCUGCUCUUUUUUUGUGUUGGAGUUGGUUGAGGGUAAUCCAUACCUCGCAGGUACAGGUGCAGAGAGGAUCUUCUUGUAGUUGCCAUGGCUACUGCAGUGUGGGUAACCUGUUGGAUGAAUGCACUGGCCACUCGUGCCCCUGGGCCUCCAGUUCAAAUCCUUCCACAGCCUGGAGUCCCUUGAGUCCUCUUAGUGCCUGCCUCUGUUUCUCAGAAAGUCAGGACAGGUGAGCGGAAUUAAAGGUAACCAGCCAGUGAGCCAGCAGGGUUAUUCUUCAGAAUUUGCACUUAGAACUCUUGGCUUCGGCUGAGUUUUCAGCCUGGGGAGGCAGGAGAUGUACAGUCAUUCCCAGCUGCACUGAGGCAGGUGACAGACUUGUGAGGACUGGUUAGGGUUAGGGUUAGGGUUAGGGUUAGGGUUAGCAGGUUUACCACCCAACAAGGCGGCACGCCGAGUGGCUGCCUUUGCAGAUGUGAGAGCGGGAAAACUUGACUUUUCUUUUUGGUAAUGACUUGCAUUUUUUCUGGUGCCUUUCAUUGGGGGAAUCCCAAAGUGCUUUAGAGACUGUCUUUUUAACAUCUCUUGUAUAUAUAUGUAUACUUGUAAAAAAAAAAAAACAAUAUUCACAAUAUUCUUUUGUCCACUGGGACCUCCUGUCACUUCUGAGCAUCAGGCUGUCCCAGAGCAUCAAGUCCUCCAAGGGGUGGUUCAGAGAGCAGGGAGUGGGAACAGCACGGCUGGCUUGAACUCUACAGCAAAUUCCCACAAAAGAUGGAGACCCACAUGUGGCCCGGGGAACCUCUUCCACCUCCAAAAUGCCACCAAGGCAGGAAGUUCCCAAGCGCUGUUUCAGAGACAAAGGCUUUGACUGAUCUUGCCGGGCAACAGCUCAUGUAGCAGCAGUGUCCUCUGGUCCCUGCAGCUAGGCAGGGAGGGUCAGGUUAAUUUCCUGGCUUGUGCUUAGAAUAAAGACCAUAAACACAAGGCCACCGUUGGCUCCCAAGCUGUCAGAGUGACUCAUAGCCUCUCUUUAGAAGCACACAGUUGACACAAGAUCAUUUCUAGCCGUUGACUUGAAAGCAGCCUCACUCCUGACAUGUGAAGGUGGCUUUUUCAAUGUCACUGGAACAAAUAUGUGGGCCAGGUUGCAUCACAGCAUAUAGGACGAGCACCUCCAAGGGGCUGGGUUGGACAGUGACAUCGGUCCACUACACAGAUGCACAGUGUCCCAGAUUUGUGGUUUUUACCAAACCCCUACAUUUUCCGGGUUUGCUGCUAAAGAGGGCGUGUUAUAAUGCUGAGGUGAUUUGCAGUGCAUUGGGUAGCCAUUGGUAUUUAAUAUUUGGGUUUGUUAUUUCUACUUAUCUCACCGCUCAAAUCAUUGAACUACCUGCUAAUGGUCGCCUCAUUUCACAGAAAAUGAUUUGUUAUGCACUUUGGGAUAGCAGUGAUCUGUAUGGGCUGCGUGACAUGUACUUGAAGGCAGAACUGCUACUUCUUGUAUGUUUUAACAGCAUGACUUGUUGCAGAGCUGUGAUUUUAAACACUGAGAACGCUGUGUUUGCAAUGUCAAUUUUAACACUCGUGAACUGGUAUGCAAGCGUGGAUGUGGGCUCCGCAGAACCAUUGUAUCUGAUUGCUGUGCUGCCUCGACUCGGGAGUGAGGCUUAUGGCUGAGCCACUCAGGCCUGAGCCUUGCAGAGUACGGAGAUUAAACAGAAAACAACUGUC